AUUCAAAACUCUUUGGUCGCACCUAUAAAACGUAACGCCACGCCACCCCUCUCUUCAAUUCCUUGCUUGCUUUUACUCACGCCAACUAACUCAAAAUUAUUCACAGAAACAGACUUAGCUACGCCAUUUAUUCUUCUCCAAAACGUUGAUUUCAGAAGUUUAUUCGGAUUCAGAGAGAUAUGGCUGAGGAUGGUUACAAGGUUAUUUUGAAUGUGUAUGAUCUUAGCCAAGGAUUGGCGCGGCAGCUUUCGACUACAUUCUUGGGCAAAGCUAUUGAGGGUAUUUGGCAUACUGGAGUGGUGGUAUAUGGUUAUGAAUAUUAUUUUGGGGGAGGUAUACAGCAUGACCCUGCUGGAAGAACCCCAUAUGGAACACCAGUCAAAGUGGUAGAUUUGGGUGUUACACAUGUUCCCCAGGAUGUAUUUGAAAUGUAUUUGCAAGAAAUCGGACCUCGGUAUACAGCUGAGAAAUACAGCCUGCUUACUCACAAUUGUAACAACUUUAGCAAUGAGGUCGCACAAUUUUUGGUGGGUGUGACCAUUCCAGAUUAUGUUCUUCAACUCCCUACUGAAGUUAUGAACAGUCCAAUGGGUGCACUUAUAAUGCCCAUGAUACAAAAUCUGGAGUCAACAUUGAGAGCUGGAGCAGUACCACAAGUUCCACAAUUUAGGAAUGCAUCGAUAAACCAACCCACAGCUGCAGCAACAACUACUGUUAACACUUCCUCGGUCAAAGUGGCUAAUGGUGAAGUGGAAUCGUCAAAAAUAUCGGAGAAGGCAAUACCUCCAGCUGUUAAACCUGCAGAAACAGCAAAGAAGAUUACAGCUAACGGGGUUUCAGGAGAUCCUCUCGGGGAUGCUCGAAGUAAGUUGCAGGAGGAGAUAAGUAUUGAAUUCAAGAAUCUCAUGGGCACGGGAGAAUUCCGUGCAAGUGAAGCUGCAACUAUUGCUACUAAGAGAGUUAUGCAAAGAUAUAAGAAUCUGAAUGUCGCAACUCAACAGAGUUAGAAAUUUGCGACAGAAAUUGAAGAUAUGUAGUGUUUGCCAAUCUGAACCUUCAGUUGGCAAUUCGUCAUUAUUUUUAUGAUGUACUAUGACCCUAAUUGGCACAUUGCCUUUCCUUCGAUGGCUCUUGUAUUUGAUAUUUCCCAUUGUGCAUGGGAAAAUGAAAUUUCUUUUUAGAAAGAGGUUGAAGGGAUAUAA